AUGAUGCAACCAACAAAACGGUCUCAAAGCACUUAUCAGCAAAGCAAGAUGUCUUUUCCCCUUGUAGAAGACAUCUACAGCAUAGUGCCAUUGCCAUUCGCACAGGAGGUUCCAGCACCAGCGGGCUCAGAAGGACUUCCCAAUGCCUUACGACUUGUCCGAUACCUUGGGGGCCGUCCCCCUCCUCUUCCACACAGUCCAUACACCUUCACAAUUCCUGGCCACACCCGCAAGCAUGCCGAAGACUUCGCCCAUGCAAUGGAAGGAACAGUGCGUUGGACAACUCAAAAGCAAGCCCCCAACAAAGACCUAACUCAAUCCAGAUCAGUUGUAAAGGGCCCGGGUAGGCCAGCAAUGAACGGCUUCAAACUUGAGUUCAAAUGUCCACGCGCUGGCCAGCCACCCAAUCGUAUCAACUCACCAAAAGAUUCCAACAACAAUGAUGAAACUACAGAAAAGUUGAUUCGAAUGAUCAAGGAUCUCUUCAAAAUGAGUUUACAUCGGCCCCAUCAACCCAACCAAUUUACACUGAAUGGAAAGAUGGCUUGUAUUGGCUUCCGAGGUGGCAGAGAAGAGGGAAAAACUGCUGGAGUUUAUGCCUGGGCUGAUGGCCUUACAGCAGAGGAAAUUGGAACAGAACAAGAAAUUGAAUUGUCCCUUCCUGAUCAUAAUGAAUUCCUAUGUGAAAGAGUUUGA